AUGCCUUCCAUUGCUUGCUUCGCAGUUCCCCUGGGAGACGUGGUCAGCAUGAGCUUGCUGGUGCAGAGUGCCCACCGCCCAGUGGCGGGCUUCGCCGUCGGCACCCUGGGCUGCAUAUUCUGCAUCAUGUCCAUGGGCCUGGCCGAGUGGCGGGUGUGGCACGUGGAGCACACGCCCGUUCUCCCCGUGGGCCUGGCCUGCGUGGGGAUGUGGAAAGUCUGCAUUUACCGCCCCAGCGGCUACUCCAAGAGAAUCACCUGCCACCUGUACCGCUACACGGACGCCUACCCGCCCCCGGACAUCCGCGCGGCUCAGAACCUCCUGCUGGCCGCCAGCCUCCUGGGGCUCGUGGGCAAAGCGCUGCUCGUGCUGGGGCUGCGGCACGUCUUCGUGGGCAGCCUGCACUCGGGCGCCGCCCAGAACUUCUUUCUUGCCGCGGGCGCUCUGAAGGUCACUGCGGGCACCUGCAUCUCCGUGGCCGUGGUCUGCAACUACUGCUCCGUGACCAGGGCGGCGGGCAUCGCCUUCCCGCCCUCCUUCGCCUUGCCCUUCCAGCCGAAGGCCCAGGACGUGGGGAACGCCUGUGGCGUGGCGGUCCUGGCCGCCCUCAUGAUGCUGCUGAGCGGCCUGCUCGCCUUCUUUUACAAAGUGCCCCCCGAGAGCCAAGUGCAUCCCGUCGUGACGGAGAUAUGA